UCUGUGUAUACAUUACAGCUCUGCACUAGCAAUGGAUACAACCAGCAGCGAUAGUGAGCAGCUACAUGCGCCAGCUGAGCUGCAGCAGACUUCGGCAACGGAUGAGCAGCUGCAGCCGCUGCCCAGUGGCAGUCGCCUGAAUCCAGAUGCGCCAGACUUUGUGCCUGGCAUUUCAAGUCGCCUGCUGGCCGCCAAAAUAGUCAACGACUUUGAUAAUAUAGUGCAGAGCUAUGAGUCCUGGAGCAAUGCUGAGGAUGAGAACAUUUCGUAUGGAGCGCGCUAUGACAGCAUUUGGCGCGAAAGCCGCGUCAAACUGCCAGCGGAGCUGCCCAGCGGCGACAUAGGACUGCCGCCCAUAGGCUUCGAAGCUAUGGCCAGCUUUAUGCCCCUACAAGCUGAAAUCGUUGGCGAUGUGCCGCAGCCACAGCCGCAGCCGCAGCCGCAGCCGCAACCAGCUGAGGCAGCUGUGAACAAGCAGCACGAGCGGCUGCCAGCGGCAGAGGAAGAUGCUGAGCAAUUGCCAAAGGGACGCUGUUGUCUCUGCAAGGUCAUGUGAACUGUCAGGUGACGGCGCCUUGUUUGAUACACACACAUUGAAGCACUGUAACUGUUCAUAUUGCAAUAAAACUGAGCAAAGCCAAA